AUGGGCUGGGAUGCGAAGGAUCGGGUCUUCACUCCCGCAGACGGCGUCAAUGAGAUACCACCCUGGCUCCCUCACAACUUCUGGCCAGACCCAACCUGCACGGACGAAGACACAGUCGUCGUACUCUGGGCCCAUCCCGAAGCUACUCCCUCGCCGAUGCAGAUCAACUUCUUCGAGAGCUUGUUCCUGCUGCUCAGCGAGAAGUACGAAGCUGGCCAGACGCCUGACUUUCUGCAACUUUGUCUGUCACAGCAGGAGGUAGCCACUGCAGGCGUCAUUUUCCCAACGGCAUGGUGGCUCGGUCCUCUGCGGUGGGGGGUGCCAUGGAUCAUGCAGAGUUCUAUGGCGCAGGUUGCGCGGUGGUGCGGCUACAAGGUCUUUCCCUUUGAGAGUAGCAAGUCGGUCUGA